AAAAAGAUCGGUGAAAUGCACACUGCGGGCCAUGCAACUUACAGACCGAUGAGAAAAAGUGGCAAGCGUGGAGCAAGAAUACAGAGGAGAACGGAUAAUCUCAUGGUGGUGUACAGAACAAGAGAUGGAAAUAGGAUCAAAUUCCUACCUUCUAAAGCAGCCCUAUGGCAUUGUCACCGGUGUUCUUCAAAUCACGAGUCGUAGUUAUUUUACAGGGUUCUCCUUUGAAAGUUACCCAUCCUGACGCGCCAAAUGCAUCACCAAAUUGUCCGCUCGGUUGAAUAUGGGCCAAGCGAGUCUUUGACAGCUACAUUUGAGAGUAAUCAAAACCGAUACUCUCCUGCUUGACUCCACAUGUUUCCAAAUGAGAUAUCGGGUGCAAUGCUCUUGUCACCUCUUAACAUGAAGAGUUGCCAACUGCGCGGUCCUCAGAGUCUGCUAUAGUUUCUCUCUUCGUGCCACCAUGAUCAUCAUAAUUCAUUUUGAAUCUAGACCACAUAUCUAUGUAGCCCUCCAUCACAUCGGGCAAUUUGGAAGUAUACCCGUUCUUAGGUAGAUGAUCUCCACAGUGGAUGUAGUGCGUCCAGUGGAUGACUUGUGAGAAUUUGUCUCUGCCACUCCACUGCGAAGGAGAUGUCCUUCAAACUUCCUGAUCAACAUACAGUAUCAGAAUAUUGUGUCGGUGAUGAGAAUUUCUAAAUUUCAAUCUCUUGUCAGAGUUAAUGACACGAGAACUGUCAUUAUUGGCAUCUACAUUUUGAAGCAGCAUGAACUGAUUGAUAGAUAUGGAAAGGUAUUAUGUCGAGCUAUCAUCACGGUAAUGUUCGAAAAAUGAUGUUUGAGCACUU